UGCACUUGUCUGGUUACCAAAUUAGUAUUCAAUCUGUUCACAAACAUCUGAGAAAUUUAGUAGAUUCAAUGAAGCUCUGUUCAAACUCAAUAUCAGUGCAAUUUCUACUCAUUUUAGUUUAUAUUUUCCCUUAUAUCCAGCCCAGCAUGGUGAACAACUUGUACAAAAUUUUACGUCAAGAAAAUCUCAUUCAGGAGCAGGAACACAUAUCAAAAAGUGAUAAUGUGCGCAUGACCUAUAAUCUCCCCGCAGACUUGUCAACUCUCGAGCUGAUCACGAGACGCGGCUAUCCUGCCGAGACCCACGAUAUUGUGACUCAAGACGGCUAUAUUUUAAUAACUUAUAGAAUUCCGUACGGAAAAAGGUCAAACAGUUUUAACCGACGCUAUAAUAAAUUUCCCGUGUAUGUCAUGCACGGUGGCGCCAUGAGCUCGUCGGACUGGUUAAUUAAUUUAGACGAGGACAAUGUCUCCCAUUUAUUGGCGAAUGCGGGAUAUGACGUAUGGCUCGGCAAUACAAGGGGAAAAAUUUAUGCAAAUCGCCACGUAAAUUUGACUCAUCAUCAAACAAAAUUUUGGGAUUUUAGUUUUGACGAAACUGCAAAUUAUGACAUGCCCAACUCGAUCGAUUACAUCCUCGACGUAACAAAAAUGCCAAAACUCCACUUUGUUGGGUACUCCCUGGGAAACACGCAAUUCUUCAUGGCCCUCGCAAAUCAGCCAGAAUACAAUGAGAAAAUAGGGAUUCACAUUUCCUACGCGGCCUCUGUAUUUUUUGCAACUUAUGCAGAAUCCAAUCGUCUUUUCGCUCUCGUUUGGAAUCGUCCCUUACAAAUAUUGCAAAAACUUAUUGGUGGGUUUCCCCUUCCUCCGCAAGGAAUUGGGUUCAUGUUGAAUCAAAUCCUGCUCAGAAUUUGCAACCCAAAUCUCGACAUUCUAGGAGUGUGUAGGCAAAUGUUGUUCCUAAUUAUGGGAUUUGGACCGGAACAAAUUAGCAAGGAACAAACUCCCAGCAUUUUGGGACACUUGAUGACCCCCACAUCCCUCAAGAUGCUCGUCCAACUCAACCAAUUUAUGAAGAAUGAUCGCUUAAGUUAUUAUGAUUAUGGGGCCUGGCAAAAUCUUAGGUUAUACGGAACAUCAACUCCACCUUUAUACAAUGUGCGAAAUGUGAGAGCCCCUACCGCCCUGGUUCUCGCGCAAAAUGACGUUUUUGCCAAUGCACAAGGGUACGAAAGAUUGUUGAAGGUUUUGCCAAAUGUUGUAAAUUCCUAUACCAUCCCUAGUAAAACCUUUUCCCACAUUGACUUUGUUUACGCGAGCAAUGCCAACGAAAUGGUGUAUAAUCACACGAUAGAAUUAAUCAACAAAUUUUCUUAUGUACAUUGAACCGUCUUAUCAUGAUAGUUUAAACAUGAUACAUACAGAAACUCCUAAAAAUCCGGUAGUAAUAUAUGUACUCCGCAUAUUGAAUGAUUGCUUAUUGCCCUUGUAAUAACUCGUUACUCCCGAGUAAACUUUUCAUUAAAUAAUUUAGCGGUAAUAAAUACAUAAUUGUAAUUACCAGCUAGUGCAAACACACAUGUAUUGCGUUAGGGAGCGUGGUGGAGCACUAGGAAGCGUGGUGGAGCAUUAGGGAGCGUUGUGGAGAACUGGAGGCGCCCAUAAAUUCCUGAAUUUUACAUAGAUAAGAAAGUUACUAACUGAAUAUGGGCCCUAAGAAGUUGGUCUUUGAAAACAAGGUGGUUAAAAAACAAUUCGAGUUGAACAAGGUUUGCGUCCCCAUUGUGGAACUUGAAGUCUUCAAGUUGAAGAUGGAACUUGAAGAUGAAUGAGUUGAUUGAUUGACAAGUGAAUUGAACGCGUUUGCAUUAUGCUUGGGAAAUGUACUAGAGACUGGUGAACAUUUUUAUUUUUGUGCUCAUUAAAACGAAUGUAAACUCUCAA